AUGGAGAAUGCGUGGAGAAAUCUUUCAUUACUAGUCGAGGACGUGAAAAAGUUAACAAAACCGCUACAAGAAGAUACAGAAAAAAUUGCGUAUAUUUUGAAGGAUUAUGAGAAAACACUAGGUGCUGAGGGAGCAACGCCUAAGGAAUGUGAUGAAUUGAGCCAAUUAUCCCAAAGCCUCGACAAAGUAAUGGAUGAUUUGAAGAAUGUUCGGGAAAAGGAAGCCUCGAAAGAUAUAGUCAUUCAAUUUGUUGGAUCAACCGGUAGUGGCAAAUCAUCCCUUAUAAACGCUCUACUCGGCGAACUUCGUCUGCCUGUUGGAUUCAUGCAAACAACCAUGUGUUCCUUUAAAGUUUGCAUCACUGAAGACAGCGAGUGGAGUAUUGAAAUCAUUAACGAAAAUGGAAGCAAACAGAUUCUCUCAAAGUUAACUGACGACAAGACUGUACGUGAUCUCUUGAAUAAAAUGGGUGGUCAAAAGAAUGAACAGCUACGGAAAGAGAAGGGAAUAGGUCUAAGGACCAUUAUACAGGUCAAUUGGCCUGCGAGCAAAUGCAAAAAGUUACCACGAAACGUUAUCUUGUGUGACACACCCGGCUUUGGAGAGAGUGAUGAAGACAUGGAGCUUGUCUCCCAGACGUGCAAAAAAGCAGACGUAAUUGUAGCAGUAAUGGAUUCCAUGUCACCGUCAAGAGGGAGACUCAUUAACCUGGUGAAAAAUGUUGGCUGCCAAUUUACUUUUGGAGUCUUCACCAAAUGGGACGAAUGCAUAAGAAAAGCGCGAGAAGAAGGAGACGAGAGCGUCCGCAAUGUGGUAAAACUUGCCAAUGAUUACAUGAAGGAGUUCUGUGAAGUGCUUCAAGGGAAAGGCAAAGUUUACUUCGUGAACGUCAAAAACUUCGAAAAUCCCGAUGAUAUAUUUCGUCAGUUCGAGAACAAACUGGCCACGAGUGCAACAAAGUUGAAGAUAGGGUCACUAAAACAGCAGGCAAAAACUGUCGCUUUGCAAUCCAGGGAGGUCUGCGAAAAGCUAAAAACUGUCAUUGAAACCAGAAAAAGAGAAAAGCUAAAUUGUCUGGAAACAGGGUUGACUUUGAUGGAAGAAGAAAGCGGGAAGCUAGAAAAAGUUUUUGAUGACAUCAAGAGUAAGGAUGAAGACCUAGAAAUUUUAACUGACGGCGAAGUCCAAAAGUUAUUAAAGGAGGUUGAAAACAAACUGUUGAAUGGCACAUCAGAAGAAGAGGCUGUCCAACAAUUUCUCGACGAGAUCAAUACAAAGAUCCGAAACAAUUUAAAAAGCAAAAGAGAUGUAACUGAUACUGCCCUACAAGAAUGGAAGAAAAACACGCAAUUCCACAAGUUAAAGUUUCUCAUUACGCCUCCGUCUCAAGAAACUCCUAAGCUUACAAGUCAAGGAUUACCUGAAGACCAAUACCAUUGGUAUCGCGACUUUCAUUACUACUACACGAACAACUACAUUUGUGCAGCCUUAGUUGGUGUCGCAGCCGUUGCAACUCCUGCCUUUUUGACUGGUGCCGGUGUAGGGGCACUCAUAGGCUUUGCUGGAGAGGCGAUCUUACCAGGAGUGAUGACGGGUGGAGCAUUGGCAACUGCCGUAGGAGGUCCUGUUGGAGCUGUGGGAGGAUCUGUUGGAGAAUGGUUUCGUGGCUUUCGUUUGGGAGACCAGUUAAAGGAAAGAUUCCCAAUAAGCCAAUACAAAGUAGAUUGCUGGAAAAGUCGCCUCGCGAAUCAAACAAGAAAGCUCUGCCUAGACUGCAAAGAGCUUUUAAGCAAGGAAAAGGACGCCGCUGAAGGGAGUAUCUCAGAGAAAUUGAAGAGCAUCAAACUUGAGAAGUCAGACGAGAUCGCAUUGCUUGGUAACAAGUCACACAUCUUGAACCAGCUUGCUGCACAACUGGGAAAAAUUUGUGACCGAGUACAGACAACGAUAGAAGAGUUCGAAAUACUGCUGGCUACUUUGCCGAAGGCCCAAGAUAAUAUGGUCGGUGAAAUUGAUCCGGAGAUUUAUAUCUCUCGAGCAGGUUGGUGGACGCCGUCAUUUGAUUUUCGCGACACGACACCAACUCGACCUACUCAACAGAGCAAAAAGCUGGUACGUGGAUGCGACCUUCAAGCUGUACCGUCAGCCGUUUACCCAGCUGUUAACAGUCAACGCCUUCGUAAAGGCAGUUGA